UGUAGUGUAGUAGUGACAGCUUGGGGUUUGUCGAGAAAUUGUGUAACCAGAUAUAGGUGGCUUCUGCUAAAUGGAUAGCCUGCAAUCCAACUGCUUAUUUAGCUUCUUGUAGUUUGUCAACUCAUGCACAUACUGUAACUACGUCUCGAGCUGUUCAAACCUGCUGCUUCAUUAUAUCCGUGCGAGCGUGCCUUGCAGAGCUGAGGGAAGCGCGAGCUGAAGCAACGGUUGUCGGAGCGCGAUCAGACCAACAAGUGGUGUAGUUGGAAGCGGCUCUCGUGGCAUGACUACUACAAUCAAGGGAAACAAAGCCUUGAAGGUGAAGAGGGAGCCAGGGGAGAAUGGGACCAGCCUCACGGACGACGAACUGGUGACCAUGUCCGUCCGGGAGCUCAACGCUCACCUCCGCGGCCUCACCAAGGACGAGAUCCUGCAGCUCAAGCAGCGGCGGCGCACCCUGAAGAACCGCGGCUACGCAGCCAGCUGCCGCGUCAAGCGGGUUACCCAGAAGGAGGAGCUGGAGAAGCAGAAGAUGGCGCUGCAGCUGGAGGUGGACAAACUGGCCGCGGAGAACGCCACCAUGAAGGUGGAGCUGGACUCGCUGCGCUCCAAGUACGAGGCUCUGCAGAGCUUCGCCAGGACUGUGGCGCGCAGCCCGGCCGCAGCAGUGGCCUUGACCCCAGGGGGUCGGGGCCUCGGGGGGGUCAUGGAGCCCCUGGUCCCCGGGAAGGUGGCAACGGCCACCAGCGUCAUCACCAUCAUCAAGUCCAAGACGGGAGCCAGGUCGUAGUAUCGGGGUUGGGCGGCGUGGAGUUAUCAGACUAAUGAAACAACGUGUACUAUAGUCAGUGUAUCAUCAUGGACCACAGGAUUAGUUCCCUUGUCUGUCUUUUGGGCCAGAACAUACAACACAACCCCCCAAACCUUUGUACCAGCUACUAGUAACACUCUUUCAAUUGGCCAGCAGCAGAGGCCACACCCACCCUUAUCAGACAGCCUUUAAUAGGCUAAACCAUACUUCCAUUCUGCCUUGGCACUGUACAAGCAGAAAUGCAUACACCAGAGGAGGCUUGUGGGAGGAGCUAUAGGAGGACGAGCUCAUUGAAAUGGCUGGAAUGGAAUCAAUAGAACAGUAUCAAACGCAUCAAACAUAUGGAAACCACAUGUUUGACUCCGUUCCAUUCCAGCCAUUACAAUGAGCCUCCACUGGACUAUACACAUCCUCUAUAGUGUAUUUUCACAUACUGGAUUCCAAAAGGUUAAACGUCACGUGAGUCCAGGAAGGCCGUACGACGCAGUCCAAUCCAUAAUUGAUAUCACUCCAUCUGGUGUCGGAAGUCGAGCUCUUGAUUGAUUGGUGUGUUUUUGUACAUGGUACUAAGUGUUUAGUGUUUGUUUCCUCCAGAUGGCCCCUAUUUGAGUCUUUUCUGUCCCGACACCGGAUUUUGAUGGGGAAAUGCACUGUUUCAUAACUACUAGCCACCAACAGUCUUGCCACAACCGGUUGGCAUUAUGCUUCAAGUUCUUAGCCCUCUCUUCGUACACAAGUGGAGAAAGAGUGAUUGCACUUAGAAACAAGCCUGUGCCUGUUAGAAUGCACUGACUACUAUGAGAAGAGGGAAAUGGUCUCAAACUUGUACUGUAUGUUAUUGAUGUUUUGUGAGCAACCUUCAGUAAGGACUAGUAACUCACCCAUCAGACCAGUUCAUGUGAUUUUAGUUGGUUAAAAAAAACGUUAAGUUAAGCAUUUAUUUCGGUUCAAUUCAGCCUGUCACAGAAUUUUACGAACAGGAGAUGCAAUAAUACAACGUAUGCACUGAAAAAUACAAAAGGUCUCUUACAUGGUUAAUGUAAGUGGAAUGAGUCAAUCUGAUCGGCAAAAUAAUACAAUAGCCUACUUGGUAUGGGUUAUUAAUACUACUACUACUACUACUACUACUACUACUACUACUAAUAGGUGUGAUGUUGGCGUUGACAAUGCCAUUCCAAGAUAACAAGAUUUCUUCUUUCUCCAAUAUCUGAGAACCAGAAUGUUUUUACAAGAUCUUGUGAUGAUAAUGCUUUGGGGGUACAAUAUUAUUUCAAACUCAAUUUGUGCUCCAUCGAGUAAAUAAGUUGAAACUGGCUGGUCACAUAUUCAUUCCAAAAUAAUAUUCACACAAGCUUUACUGUUUAAUUGUCAACGUGUGUGUGUGUGUGUAUUCUAGAAGUCGUUGACUUGGAGUUCUUGAUUUGUAUUGAUGCAUAGACGAGCAUCUGGCAUUGUUUAUAGAAACACUGGUAAAGAAAACGUAAAACAAAAAACCUGUGAUAUCCUUUUUGCAAUUGUACCAAAAGUGGCUUACUAUUGAAGGCUGGUAGCUUUUUCUAGUGACUAGGCGCAUACUGUGUGGAGUAGCGCGUGACGUGAUGUAUAAGUGGCAGUUGGCAGUGUUGUUCACUGUAUAGAUGUCAUGCUGUGGUAUUUUAUAUAGGAAUCUGUAAUGAGAUAAUAUAGCUGGUGUAAACAACAUAUAUUGUCUUCAUCCAUAUUGGCAUCUGUGAUAUCUCUUCCACUAGCUGUGAUUCACAAAUGUUUUUGUCAUUACGAUGUUAUUACAGUCGAUGUUAUUACUUUCUACGUUAUUACAGUCGACCGAGCAGGCAUAGAUGGGAUAAGAUAAUGCCAAGGUAAUGCCCUUGGUUCAUUUUGAUGGGGUAAGAUAAUGAAUGCCCUUGGUUCAUUUUGAAUCGCAGUUAAGUGACCCUCCUCACCUCUUUGGUUUCAAUUCCAGGGGGACAUCGCCUCUUAUUUAGAGAUUAAACUGUUAUUGUCUUAUCCAUUUACCAAAGGGAUCUACCUGCAAUUUGCGAAGGGAUAAUAGCCUCACAAUUACUUUUUCAAAGACUAAGCAAAAUCGAAAUAUUGACUCUCUUACCCUCUAGCCAACCCAAGCAUUGUAAAAUGUAUCCUUGAAGAAAUCACUUGUUCUCAUUCUAACUAUGAGAAGAGAGGCUCAGCAUGCAGCUUUAUACAGGUGACUAAUAACAGGUCGUCUUCUCACUGUCAGGUUGUUUUCAUGGUUUGUGCGAGGGUAAACAUGCACUAAUCACCAGCUUGUUCUGCUCAGGAGAAAACAAGAUUGCCCUAAAAAUAAACCAUUACAGCUCUGAGAAGAAGCUGUUAGGGAUGGCAGUUAUGUUGAUAGUCGCUCAUUUACCAUUUUUCUAAAAAGGGCUUUCGUUCUGACACUGAAAGAAGAUGUGGGAAGAUCAAAAGCUGCUGCCAGUAAUGCUGCUUACGUGCCAAGUGUCACCCCUGUCUUCUGACCCUUUAAAAGUGAUUUAUCAGUAAGCAGUUUUACAUUGAAAGGUGAAUAUAUCUUUGUAAUGACAUUAAGGGAUAAGUUCGGUAUUUUACAACUUAAUGUCAGAUGGUUCCUUGCCCUGAAUGUAGUCUAUAUGAGCCUGGAGAAACUGUAUUCCAUGGUUUGAAUUUCUUUAAACAGCCAAUAUAUGUCAACUAAAUGUAUCCUCUGCCAGCUAAAAAUCAAUGGGAGUGGUGGGGGCAACCGUGCAAAUGUUCAGAAAGUGAUGCCAAAUCACCUUUAACUAAUGUAAAACCAAAUCAUUACAGUUUCUCCUGGCUCAUAGACUUCUAUCAGCACACUAGAAGUUGUAUGGUGGUUAGACCUGAACAGGAGUAACCCAGCACACUAGAAGUUGUAUGAUGGGUAGAACUGAACAGGAGUAACCCAGCACACUAGCAGUUGUAUGAUGGGUAGCACUGAACAGCAGUAACCCAGCACACUAGAAGUUGUAUGAUGGGUAGAACUGAACAGGAGUAACCCAGCACACUAGAAGUUGUAUGAUGGGUAGACCUGAACAGAAGAGAAUAUAAGGUCUGCACUCUCCAGUGUCUAAUGUAGUUACUAUUCCCCACACCUCUGAGCCCACAUCAGAUCAGGGGGCAUCUGAAAUGAACAAUUCCCUGCAUAGUCAAAAGCAUUGCACUCUAUAGAGAAUAGGGUGUCAUCAGACACAGACCUGAUAUAUAUUGUAUGUACGUGAAAACAUCUUCACUAUGUCUUCUGAAUACGCUUAGAUAUUUACAUUGACUGGAAAAUAAUAUUUGGAUAUAUGACUCUUUCCAGUAUGGUUGUUGGCGUUCUUCUUGUUGUGGCAGUCUUGUGGAGUGAACCUUAAUGUGAAGUGUCUUUACAAUGUUAAAAAAGGCACCCCCGACCUAUGACAUGUCUCGCAUAGGACAUGUAUCUCUUCAGGAGAUGCAGUAACACACACACACACACAAAGGUGUAUAGUAGGUAGCUACUGUAGGUAGUGUUGACUGUUGUGAAAAAGUGACCCUUAUACAUAUGCAAACUCAGUGGACAGGCGUGAGAGGUGAGUAAAGCUAGAAGAGUAUUGGUGUAAUAGUGACAAGUGACUGUGGUCUAAUGAUUUUUAUACCAAGAGCUCCUGUGUUGUUUUGGAUUGGAAUUCUUUGUAAAGGUUUUUGUGGCGUUGUUCUUUUACCCCACCCACACACACACGCACCGAACAACAGUUGGCCCUGGUUUAUGUUGGUUAAGGAGAUUGAAAACCAUGGGAACUGUGAAAGAGGGUACAAAUGUUCAGAUAUAAAUAUAUUGUGUAGAACCGAUACGAUUACCUGUCAUGAUAGAAUUGUGAAUUGUGUCAGAUCCAUUCGUUAUAUAUUUAUCUGCAAUGUUCUUGAACGUUCCACCUCACUGGACACACCACAGAUGUUCACUCACUGUAAUGCCUGUCAAAAGGGAUUCUAGUCUAGGGAAAGUAGCCCAAGGCCUUAGUAAACCCUUCUCAAACAGUAGACUUACCCUGAACGAAGCCCCUAAACCCGAAGACUAUGGAGUGAUAUUAGAACCACCAGAAACUGAAUAUGUAUUCACAAAUUGAAUUGGAAUUCAAUCUUUUAUGAAUUUCCGUUGUCAUAAAUAUCACUCCGUAGAUUAGAAGACUGGUAUUACCUGUCCUGUAGACUAAACCUACAGAUCUUAUACAGUCUAUAGAUGUGUGAUUUAUAACAAUGGUAAAACAGGGCUGAAGUUACAUGUACUGAGGCAUAAGAAGUGACCAGGAACACAAUCCUAAGUAACAUAAGGGCCACUUGCAAUUUCUGUUGUCAUCUGUGUUUUGAUUAGUUUGGUUCCUACCAUGCUGCUAAUUUAGUCAUUACUGCUCAUUGUCUCCUGAAACUCCAUUGAUUUAGCGUUGUUUGUUGAAUGUGUAUUUGAUAUUGAUCUUAUCAACACUGGAAUUAAUUUGUUCUGCACCCAAUCUUGUUUUUACUUGGUUAUGGCUUUUUGUUUAAAAGCGAGUUGUAUUAGGGAGGAUUAAUAACUUAUCAGCACUUGUGUGACGAUUUGCUAGCUCUAGUAGGGAAAUGUAGGCUUUUAUCAAAUUAUGCUUGGUGAACAUUUGACUGUGCAGGUAUUUCUCACUCGAGUAUAAGUCUAUGUUUCAAAGGUAUAAAGUCUGAAAAUAAAGCUGUUGGAAGUGUGUCUGAAUGGUAUAUAAAGUUAUUAUUAAUCUGUUUUUGUUAUUUUUCUGUAUGGGUUGUAAUAAGAUAUUGCAGUACUUUGUAUGGAAAACAGAAUAGUUUAACUAUUUGUAAAUUAUUGUACUUUUUUGCAAUCUGUAGAUAAGUAAUAUGAUGUAUUCAUAUAUAACGACUGUGGUUUUAACCGUGGUUCUCUGAAGUGUCUAAGUUAUUGAUGUGUGUGUGUGUGUGUGUGUAUAUAUAGUAUGUUUGUUGAUACAGCUUACUUUAUUUUCUAUAUGACCAAUAAAAAGGUUUUGAAAAGGAC